AUGUCGAAGAAACUUCGUGAUGCUGACGAAAAUAAAGCAUCAAGAGGGCAAAUCCACGUGAACUUCCAGGGUCACACGACCACGAGAGAUCAGUCAGACAACGCUGCUGGCCGUCUUUUCAUCAAAGUCGAUGAAAGUCUUCUUGAAAAGCCCAGCUAUAAGCAGAGAAGAGUGAAACGUCCACGUUUCUCACUACGGUACUCCAAUCAAAGCCCUGGAAAAUGCUCUACGAGUUUCUUCAUAGAAAAGGACACCCAUUCGCUACGAGUCCCUAUUGUAUUCCGUUACUGGAUCGCUCAACUCUGGUUUGUGCACUAUUCACGUGCUCGUGGCAAGGCCGACACUUCUGGUUUUGAGCAUGUUUUCAUGGGAGAGGAGAAAAACAGAGCAGAUCACGUCUGCACAAUUGGUUUGCGAUUCUACACUCUUGAGAAGAACGCAACCGAAAAUUUCGAUUACAAAGGAUUUGUAAUCAAGCGUGGGGUUGAAAUAGACGGAUGCCCUUUAGCAAUCACCAGCUUUGAUAUUGUCCAGAACAACAAGGUGUUCAUCGGAUCGAUCUUCCCAACGGCAGGACCACUCACAGAACAGUGUCGUCGUCUCAGUGGACGAGUUUAG